AUGGCCAGUGACGGGUCCAUGCUGGAGAGCCUGGGUGAGAAGGCCGAGGACGGUGCACACCCUGACCCGGAGUCGGCGAGUGACCCAGGUGGGCUGUCGGUACUGGAGCAGCUUGGUCUGGACCAGAACUCGGACUUCUCUGACAGCAGCGUGCAGCAGCGGCUGGAUGAGCAGCGUGAGCGAAUCCGCCGCGAGAUCCGCAAGGAGCUGAAGAUCAAGGAGGGCGCAGAGAACCUGAGGCGUGCCACCACCGACAAGCGCAAUGCCCAACAGGUGGAGAACCAACUACGCAGCUCCAACCGACGCCUGGAUGCCCUGCAUACGCAGCUGCAGGAGCUUGAUGCCCACAUUGUGGUCAAGGGAUCAGAUGACACCCGCGAUGAUGCCCCACAAUCCCCUGGGGCAGUCAGCCACACGUCUACCAACCAGGACCGUAUCGCAGCUCUGGAGCGGCAGCUCAACAUUGAGCUCAAAGUCAAGCAGGGAGCAGAAAACAUGAUCCCCAUUUAUGCAAACGGUCCCACCAAGGACAAAAAGCUUCUGCAGACAGCCCAGCAAAUGCUGCAGGACAGUAAGACCAAGAUUGACAUCAUCCGCAUGCAGAUCCGCAAGGCCGUUCAGGCCAGUGAGCAACACACCGAGGACAUGCAGGGUAAGCCGGACUUGUGUGGCGUGGAGCUGAGGAUUGAGGAGCUUCGGCAUCACUACCGUGUCGAGCAUGCUGUGGCUGAGGGCGCUAAGAAUGUGCUGCGUUUGUUGGGAGCCAGCAAGGUCCAGGACAGGAAGGCCAUGUCGGAGGCCCAGUGCCGCCUGAGCGAGUCAACUCAGCGACUGGACCUGCUGCGUGACUCCUUGGAGCAGCGGCUGGCUGACCUGCCUGAGGACCAUCCCAAGGCCUGCCUCAUCAAGGAGGAGCUGGUGCUAGCCUCCUCGCCAGCAUUCAGCUCACGACAUGGUGCCCCCUACCUGCACAACCAGUACAGCACACUCAGCAAGCCCUCCCCUUUGACAGGUACACUGCAGGUGCAGCUGCUAGGCUGUGUGGGGCUGCUGGAGGUGGUCCCUGGCCGUAGCCGUGGAACCCCAGUGCUCCUGCCCUGCUACAGCCCUGGGGAGGGCCGCUCCUUCAUGCGCAGUGGAAAGGGACUGUACAGCCGCAGCGGCAGCAUGAGUGGCAAGGUGCCCAGCAAGAGUGAUGAAUUGUCCUCGGAGGUUAGUGCCGUGCUAAAGCUGGAGAACACCGUGGUGGGUCAGACAGCCUGGAGGACAGUGGGGGAGCAGGCAUGGAACCAGACAUUCACACUGGAGUUGGAGCGGUCCAGGGAAAUGGAGAUUGCUGUGUACUGGAAGGACUACCGCUCACUGUGUGCCCUCAAAUACCUGAAGCUUGAGGACUUCUUGGACAACCAGAAGCAUCAAGUGCAGCUUGAACUGGAGCCGCAGGGGCUACUCCUAGCUGAGGUAACAUUUUUCAACCCAAUCAUAGAUCGCGUCCCACGCCUCCGCAGACAGAAAAAGAUCUUCUCCAAGCAGCAAGGUAAAGCCUUCCUGCGCUCUCGGCCAGUGAAUGUGGACAUUGCCACCUGGGUGCGGUUGCUGAAGAAUGCCAUUCCCACAGUCAACAACUCGGGCACUUACAGCCCCAGCGCUCACGCUCACAAUGCCGGGGAGAUCUCAGUGGAAAAGCUGAGCCUGGACAGCGAAUCGCCACAGAGGUCUGAGCCAAGGAGGGACUUGGAUGCCCACACCCCGGACCGGCUGCCGGUGAUUGAGCCCUUCUCUCCGCCUGACCUGACGCCAGAGCGCCCCCACAGAACUCCCUCCCAGAGCUCCCAGCAGGGUAAACAAAAGAAGACCCCCCUCUGUCUUCAGGACUUCCGUCUGAUCGCAGUGCUGGGCAGGGGACACUUUGGAAAGGUGCUGUUGUCAGAAUACAAGAAAACAGGCACCAUGUAUGCCAUCAAGGCCUUGAAGAAGGGAGAUAUCAUUGCUCGGGAUGAAGUGGAGAGUCUGAUGUGCGAGAAGCGGAUCUUCGAGACAGUCAACAUCUCCCGGCACCCGUUUCUGGUCAACCUCUUUGCGUGCUUCCAGACGCCGGAGCACGUGUGCUUUGUGAUGGAGUAUACUGCUGGUGGUGACCUGAUGAUGCACAUCCACGCGGAUGUCUUCACCGAGCCCCGUGCCAUGUUUUAUGCUGCCUGUGUGGUUCUUGGGCUACAUUUUCUCCAUGACCACAAGAUUGUGUACCGUGACCUUAAAUUGGACAACUUGCUGUUGGACACAGAGGGUUAUGUGAAGAUUGCAGACUUUGGACUCUGCAAAGAAGGCAUGGGCUAUGGAGACCGGACCAGCACAUUCUGCGGUACGCCGGAAUUCCUAGCCCCAGAGGUGCUCACCGACACAUCGUACACCAGAGCCGUGGACUGGUGGGGGCUGGGGGUGCUAGUCUACGAGAUGUUGGUAGGAGAGUCCCCCUUCCCAGGCGACGAUGAGGAGGAGGUGUUCGACAGCAUUGUCAAUGAUGAAGUCCGUUAUCCACGGUUCCUCUCCACCGAAGCAAUUGGACUCAUGAGGCGGUUGCUGAGGAGGAACCCAGACCGCCGACUAGGCUCCAGCGAGAAGGAUGCAGAGGAUGUGAAGAAACAGCCUUUCUUCCGGGGCAUGGACUGGGAAGCCCUGCUACAGAAAAAGUUGCCCCCUCCCUUCAUCCCAUCUAUUGUGGGCAAGGAGGACGUCAGCAACUUCGAUGAGGAGUUCACAGCCGAACUACCCACUUUGACUCCCCCCCGGGAGCCCCGCACCCUGUCACGCAAGGACCAGGACAGCUUCCGAGACUUUGACUAUGUCUCCGAUCUCUGCUGACUCUCCACUGUAUAAUGGGGCAUGGGGUCAGGAGGUCAAUUCCUUGACUGGGGAGCAAGGGUGGGGAUGGUGUGUUGGUCAUCCCAUUGUUACACUGUGAUUGGGGGUUAGUGUCAGGGCUAUGUGUAAUAUUACCCAUUUUCCACAGAGAGGCAAGAAGGGGGUGGGAGGGUUUGAUACCUCUGUCUUUCUGCCUGCCCAUCCGUGUGUCCUUCAGCCUGUCCCUGCACUGUGACUGAAUGUGUGCAUAGCUGAUAUGACAUGGUGCAUGUUCCCGCAUUGUGACACCCAAGGAUUUGGCCUCCUGCAGGAAUGGAAAUGGACAGGGGCUCCCUGGCAUGAUAUAGAAUAUGACUUUCACAUUCAGACAAGCUCCUCAUCUGCCUCUCCACUUCUUUCCCCAACACUCCAUUGUAGCACUUGUGCUUCUCCCAUCUAUUUUAUGACUUGCUGCAUUCCCUUCCUCUCCUUCCCUCCCUUUUCCAAAGCCUGUGUGGUGAUCCCUAGCAUCCUGUAACAUCUAUGUGUAGUGCCCUCCUGCAGAAAAGUGGCUAGAGGGGAAGAUGGAACUUCAUUUAUACUGUGAUACACAUGGCACUAGACAGGGAGACAGAACUGGGUGGGUGUAGCACCGACUGAGGCCUUACAUUUCGGGAAGAUCCUGAAGAUUAUAUUUUACUGGGGAGCAUGGGACUCUGUAACCUCUUCGAGAGACACGGUACUCAAUCUGAUAGCCCAAGGGCAGAGCCAACAUUAUGCUAUGGGGUAAAAACAACAAACCAUCUGCUUGGCACAAAACAGUCAUCAAGUAGAGUGGUGGUACAGGGAAAGAACUGCACUUACACAGCGGUGAGAGGACCUUUCUGUACAGUGGCAAACUGAUACCAAACUCACAGGCUUUCCUAUUUGGUCUGCCCUAACUGGUGUGUUGAGAACUGCUGGUUUUCAGAGAGGCCUCUGCUCCCCACCACACUAGAUCACUAGUGCAUUCAUGAAGGACGCUUACCUUUUUACAUUUUUAGUUGUUUGUGAUCUUCUUUAUGACUUUUGUCAAUUUUUUUUAGCUUAAUGAACUGUAAGACAACAAUUAUGAUGACAUUAGAGUGCUGAUGCUGUAAAGAAUCAUGCUGGUGUAAUUAUACACAAAGUUGUG